GCAGCAGUACGAGCGAGGAAGAGAUCGAUUAUAGUUUUGAAAAUUCGACCCAAAAAACUGAUUUUGGAAAUAAAAUGGGCAAUUUUUUUCCCUCGCCAAUACCUGUCACUGCGAGUGUAUUUGAACGUGGUGUAAUUUUUGCUAUCUCAUUAUACGCUAGCAUGAGACUUGUCAAAAUAAUGGCUGCAAAUGAAGUUGGACGCAUUGAAAGUCUAGUUCCUACCGUAGCUGCUGCCAAGUUAGUAGAUAUUCAUCGCUCAAAAAGUGUACAUGAUGACAUCAACAUCGAAUUUUUCGAAGCAAAUUUUGAACUUUGCAUUGUUAUGGGAUGCGGAAUUUUGAUUCAUAUGUUUAUGUCUAAACAUGUUAAUUUACCUAAUAUGUCCGUCAUUUGGGCGAUGAGCAUAGUUACUCUUUUAUCUAUAAUUUUGGUUAUAUCAAUGGCAUCUUUAGGGCUCUUACCUUUGUUUGAAACGAUUGUCGCUCAAGCAAUUACAUUGCUUGCAGUAGAAUUAUGGGUCAUUACUGUUAAAAAGGUUCGGCUCGUUAUAUAUCAUGGUUAUGCAUAUCGUGAUUAUGCGCGAUACGUUAUUCAUUACUUUGUUUUUUUGAAUACGCAAUAUAGAAUGUUCCUGAUAGGAAUCAUUCUUUCUCCUUUACUAAUAUAUUCAAGGAAUUUGGCUCAACGUCCAGCAUGGAAAAACAAACGUAAACGUGUUUUUCUUAAUGGUCGGAAAUGGACUUCUUUUGCCUUAUUUGUUGGCACGUCGUUGAUCCCCGAAUUCAUGCAUUUGGCAUUUAGUGUGGCUCUUUCUGCUUUCAUAUUUUUAGAAUAUUUGCGGUAUUUUGCUGUAUAUCCAUUAGGAAAAAAUAUACACAUUUUUCUAAGUGAAUUUUUAGAUAAUCGUGAUUCAGGUCCUUGCAUUCUAAGCCAUUUAUACUUGCUAGUUGGAUGUGCUGCAUGCAUCUGGAUGCAAGGGACUUCUAUCCUGGCUAAUAUGUCAGGUAUUCUAACUUUAGGUCUUGGUGAUGCUAUGGCAUCUAUAAUUGGUAAACGUUAUGGUCGCAGACGUUGGCCUGGAACAUCAAAGACAGUUGAAGGGACCAUUGC